GCAUUUUUAUUUUCCGGUCUUAUGCUUUUAUUUUUUCCCCUUAACUAACCUAACCUAACCUAACACUUUCGAUCCGUCGUAAAUUUAGAAAAUUGGACGCAGGGUCGGUUACUUUGUUUGUUUCAUCGGAGUAUUUUAUUAUUAUUUAUAAAUUAGUUAUCGGAUUCACGUGCGCUGUUUUACAGGACGAGGAUUGGACUAGGACCGAUUUUAUUGUGUAUAUACCUACCUAGGUUAAGUAUAUAUAUAUACAAAGAGUAUAUAUAACGCCGAGAUGGCCAAGGCGGCGAUAGGGCAGAUAUGCUCGUCCAACUCGAUGGCGCAUAAUCUUGAGCAGUGCAUUAAGCUCGUGGGCCAAGCCGCGGCUGCUGGAGCGAAAGUCCUCUUCCUCCCCGAAGCAUCCGACUACAUCGGCUCCUCGGCCCAAGAAUCCCUCUCCCUCGCCAAACCCCUCAACACCUCACCCUUCGUAUCGGGCCUGCGCUCCGCCGCCGCAAAGCACAAGCUCGCCGUACACGUCGGCAUCCACGUGCCUGUCUCCGUGAAGCCGUCUCUCUCUCCCAGUAACACAGUCUUGUCUUCCGUCCCGCACUCCGAGGACCCGGAUUCUAUUCCUUCUUCUACUUCUACUUCUACUUCCUCUUCUUAUUCUACUUCGUCGGUACCAGCAUCCAAGCCAUCAGAACAAGUAAACCCCAAAGAAGGAAUAGCAGAAGAAUCCUCCUCCCCCCCCAAAACCAAACUCUACAACCGCACCAUCCUCAUUAACCCAGACGGCACCCUCCACCCCACAGCCUCCUACAACAAACUCCACCUCUUCGACUACCCCGACGCCUCCCUCCGCGAAUCCACCACCACCCAAGCCGGAUCAACCUUCACGCCCCCCUUCGACACCCCCCUCGGGCGCAUCGGCAGCCUAAUCUGUUUCGACCUACGCUUCCCGGAGCCCGCCCUGCACUUAACAACAACAAACACCAAAUCCUCCUCCACCACCCCCUCCCCCCCAGCCCAAAUCCUCCUCUACCCCAGCGCAUUCACCAUCCCCACCGGCCUCGCCCACUGGGAAACCCUGCUCCGCGCCCGCGCCAUCGAGACCCAAUCCUGGGUCAUAGCCGCCGCCCAGGUCGGCACCCACAACCCGGGCUUGUCGCCGCGGAUGAGCUACGGCCGGAGCAUGGUCGUCGAUCCCUGGGGGCGCGUCAUGCUUUCGCUGAAAGGGGUGCGCGAGAAGAAAGGGGAGGGGGAGGGGGAGGAUGGGUACGAGGUUGAGGACGGGGCCGUGGGCGAGCUGGGACUGGUGGAUGUGGAUUUGGGCGUGUGGGAGAAGGUUCGCGAGCAGAUGCCGCUUGUGAGGAGGACGGACGUUUACCCGGAAGUAUAAAGCCGUCAGGGGAAAUAUAGAAAAUAUAGACAUUAUGGCACGAAUUACUACGAUAAUUCACAAGUCGCCGCAUAAGAAACAGAUACAACGACUUGAUGGUUCUGUAUUAACCCUUGUAGCUCAGCUUAUGUACCGACUCAAAAGGCCAAAGCCAUCUACAAACACCAAGCCAGCUAUUGCAGUUGUUU